AUGUCUCCCGGAAUGACCCUGUUCUCGGUCCAGGCCAUCCUGGUCCUCAGUACCGAAGACGGCUCAAGAAUAUUCGCCAAAUACUUCACACCUCCCCACGCCACUUCUACAGGUGCUUCUGUAAACCCCUACCCCGAUACCAAGUCACAAAAGGCCUUUGAAAAGGGUCUUAUUGAGAAGACGGCCAAGCAAACUGGCGAUAUUAUUCUCUACGACAACCGCAUCGUUCUCUACAAGCCCGAAUCCGACGUCAUGAUCUACCUUGUCGGUGCUGCCGACGAGAACGAAGUUUUGUUAUAUAAUACCCUGCUUGCUUUCAGAGACUCUCUGCAUCUGCUGUUCAAACAAUCUGUCGAUAAGCGCACCAUUGUCGAAAAUUACGAUCUUGUUUCGCUCGCAAUUGACGAGAUUGUCGACGACGGCAUCAUCCUCGAGACGGACCCCACGAUUGUCGUGCAGCGCGUCAGCCGCGCACCCACUCAGGACCUCCAAGUCGGCCGCAUUGAUCUUAGCGAACAGGGUGUCAACAACCUGGCGCAACUCGGCAAGUCUAAACUCGCCGACUGGCUGCGACAAGGCUUGUAG